CAGGCCCUCGGACUCUGUAGUGCAAUCCAUCACCGCGGGGAGCGAAACGCGGGCCUAAAGAGGGAAAGCGGCCGAGCCCGGCACAAGUCUGACAAAUGAAUUUAAAUACAUCCUAGCGGGGCGGCUCGACCGCUCAAGGCCCAAAAUGCCUACCAGACUCUCGAUGCUCAAUGCUCACAUACUGGAAACAAAACAGCGGCAUGCAGCCCGCCUGAUCGAGGCAGCACCCCUAAGCGAUGCAGGAAUGGUGAAGCGGAGAGGAGAGGAGGAGGAGGAGGAGGAGGAGGAGGGGAAGCAGGAGGAGGAGGAGACGCUGCUUCUCGCGUGGGGGCUCUCCCCGCCUAGCCCCGGCAGACGAGGCGGUCAGAGGGGGACCGUAGGAGAGGAGAGGGGGAACGCCGACGCCUGCGCGCGCAGCGCCCGCUAUCCCCCUCUGCGCCGCGCCAGUCGGGGGGCGCCUGUGGCUGGCAGCCUCCCAGGCGUCCAAGAGAUUCGACGUGGUGAUAGUGCGCUCCUGCGCGAAGCGACGCGGCCGUCGAUGUACCACGAAGUCUGCCAGGCUCCAGCAAGCCCUCGGAACAAAACGCUGCGAGGAGCCCACAGAGCUCGCCGGACAGCCAUGCAAGCCUGGAUCGGUGAGCAGCCGCAUCUCCAGACGAAGCACAUCCUUCGCUCUGAUGUGUUCAUUGCGCGGCCCCAGAGGGCCCAACUCGAAGAAAAUACGCUGGCCGAAAAAAUAAGAAGUGACGUCUGAGAUCCGGGUCGAGCUCCCGCCGCCCGAACACGAAUCCCUGAACACAAAAGCUUUGAAUCCUGGCAGCUUAGCCGCCCCGAUACGCAACACCGUAUCAAAGCAGCUAGGCAGGGAUGGCGGCACACCGCCGGCAGCCCCAAGCGCAGCCCCUCGGAGUCACGACCGCGCGCCCAGCAAGGACGGGGGGCCUCCGCGGUCUGGAGGGCUCGCCGCCAGCAGCGGCGAGCACCACCGCUGGAGCCCCGGCGGCGACAAAAUCAACGACGGCGCUGGGCCUCCGCGGCCGUGGUCGCUCCCCCACAGCAUUCGAACAACAGCAACGGCGCGCCGCGAGCCCUCCCCCGAAGCGGGCACCAGGCGGGCGCUGGCGGACAGUGGCCGAGGGGGGCAGUGAGUGCAUCUCCAAUGCGUGGCGCCGUCUCCAAGCUCGCCGGGGACAGCGCUGCCAUCCUGGCGAACGCCGGCGCCCUCAUCCCACCGUUGGGCCCCGUAGUGUCCC